AUGUCUCGACUUUCGACUUCUCCGACCCUGUUCAAAGUGGCAUACCUCUUCGGAGCUACAGGUAUUGCAUUUGGCCUGAACGCAAUAUAUAAUCCUGUCUACGCUUUGAGCUUUUUCGGAUUUGAGUACCCAUCGCCAGGCGAAACCAAGCGCGUUGUCGAUGCACUCAUGAUGAUCUAUGGCGUUCGCGACCUCUUCAUGGGUUUCGCGACUCUAAUGGCAGCAUAUCACAGGCAGUCUAAGGUGCUCGGAGCGCUUGUCGUCGCUACUGGUGGUGUAGCACUGGCGGAUGGUGCCGUGUGCUAUUCUGUUCAUGGUACAGGUCAUUGGAACCACAUUCCCCUUGCACCUGUCAUCCUCGGAGUUGGUGCCGGCUUUCUUGGUGUUUUCGACACCGUCUGA